AUGACGAAUAUUCAAAACUCCCAGUCACUAUAUACAACUUUCCUCGAACAACCUCCGAGUUGCCUGGAAUUUUGUCCUUCAGCUCCUGACUAUCUCAUCAUUGGGACAUAUCUUUUAUCUGAAUCGUCCACAGCAAAUUCGACUGGCACUCAAACAAAAACUGGGACCAUACAACUUUUCAGACUUGAUCCUGAGUCCUUUCAACUGACUCAAAUCCACAAAACUCUGCUACCCCACGCAGUCUUCGACGUUCACUUCUCUCCCAGAGACCCGAGUCUAUUCGCAAUCGCCACAAGCGCUGCAUCUGUGUCAUUAUACAGCCUUGAAUAUUCCUCGCCACAAAACCCCCAUAUCAUCAUCCACUUGACCACAAUAACCGUUCACGAAAACCCAAGCACCCCCUCUCUCUAUCUCUCCUGGCUACCGCUAUCACAUUUAACGGCAGGGAACAAAGGAAAAGAAAACUCUCAUGCCCAUGGCUAUUCGCCUGAUCAGCUAUCUACAGACGGCUUUGCUGUCUCGUUUUCAGAUGGCCGAGUCUCCAUAUUUCAUACUAAUUCCCCUUCGCACGACUUCUCCCAAGAUUCCAUGACAGAGAUAGUGUUGCCAGGUGAGCCAGUAGAGGUCUGGUUCACUGCGUUCCAUUAUGGCAAAUCGUUAUCCGGGAAAGAGAAUCUCCUGUUAUUCUCUGGGGACGAUUUUGGGGUUCUGCGUGUGCAUGAAUUUGUAGCCGACGGGGAAGGGGACGAGAAACACAGACCGUUAUGGGCUGAAGGGCAAUUCCCCGCAAAGACGACGGAUGUCAGUGUUGGUGGAAAACAUCAUGGAGCAGGCAUUACAGCGAUCCUGCCUUUGUUUACUGAAGGUAGCGACACAGUGUUGCUUACUGGGAGUUAUGACGAGUACCUCCGUGUAUACAAAUUUUCAGGGCAAGCGUCGGUUUUAGCCGAGGAAAGAUUGGGUGGAGGGGUGUGGAGGUUGAUGGUCAUAACAGAGGUGGAAAAUGAACCUUUGGCGAUGGAGGGAUCUUCAGAUAUAAGAUCACACUCGUAUUUUGUUCUCGCUAGUUGCAUGCAUGCCGGAGUGAGGAUAGUCAGGGUGACAUGUUCUGUUGGUAAGGAUACGUCAGCGGCGGGGGUGUGGGAGAUUGAAACCCUGGCACAGUUUACGGAGCAUGAGAGUAUGAAUUAUGCGUCGGAUGUGUGGAGAGGCGGAACGAAAGUUGGGACUCAAAUUGGGAAGGAGAGCGAUUCCUUGCUAUGUGUCUCAAGUAGUUUUUACGAUAAAAGGGUUUGCGUAUGGAAAGUAAAGGUUUAGGAGUUGAGAAGCCUACUUGGCAGCUCGCUUUUAUUUUGCCUGCAUAUGGUGGACGGAUUGAUGGGUGAAGAGAACCAAUGUCAUAAUGCCGGGCAUGAAUAAAUGAGCCUC